AUUUGCAUUGCGAAUGACAGACACGCCUCCGCGUCGAUAUGCGUGUUUCUGUAAGGCCGAGUCACGUGUCAGCGCACAGAAGUUUUGUCAGAAGUUUGGAGAGAAGUCGGAUUAGACUCUCUGAAAGUCCGGUUGAGCAAAACUGUACUUGAAAACAAAUCAGCAAUCGAUUUCACAGGAGAAGGUGAAGAAGGAAGUUUCGUAAAUCCGUGCAUUGCAAAAAAACCGUCGACACAAUAUUAAACGGCUGCUCAAAAAGGGAUGAUGACUGGUUUCCAGCUGGAUUUCGCGCCACUGAAAGAGCCGCUGGCCUUCAUCAGAUGUUUGGAAUGGAUCUUUGCAAUAUUUGCGUUUGCCACCACCGGAGGAUACACGGGGCAGAGCGCAGCUUCUGUGAAGUGCAGCGGGAAGACGGUCGCUGACAACGUAACGGUGUCCUUCUCUUACCCGUUCAGGUUGAACCUUGUCAAGUACGAGGCUCCUCUCUGCAACGGGUCCAGCUCUGAAACCCUGUACCUGGCUGGAGACUUCUCCUCCUCCGCAGAGUUCUUCGUCACCAUCGGAGUCUUCGCCUUCCUGUACUGCACUGGGGCUCUCGUGGUCUACCUGGGCUUCCAGCAUCGCUAUCGAGAGAGCAGCCGGGGGCCCAUGAUUGAUUUGGUUGUGACGGGGGUCUUUGCUUUCAUGUGGCUGGUGUCCUCCUCGGCCUGGGCUAAAGGACUGACGAACGUCAAGAUGUCGGUGAGCCCCAACAGCAUCGUCAAAGCCAUCGACGUGUGCAAGGGCUCUGUGGUGUGUACCGCAGGGGCCAUGCCUUCCAUGGGCCGGCUCAACGUCUCUGUGAUCUUUGGUUUCCUGAAUCUGAUACUGUGGGGAGGGAGCUGCUGGUUUGUGUACAAGGAGACCCCCUGGCACAAACCACCCAAUCCACAAGGAUCUGUGGAGGAAGGAGCCAAUCAGAGCUAAUUGCACAUUGUGACGUCACAGCCGCCUGUCUCUGUCUGCCAAUCGCAGCGCAACCUGUUUGUUUUUUGUUUUUUUUAAUCCUUUUACAUACAAGAGAAAUGGUAGAAUACCAAACACACAUCACCUCAGCACCCUUUGAGUUUAAACAUUCAGCUCAAGCCUGGGUUACGUCAAUGCUGGCGUUACUGUAGCUGUAGCAGAAUUAAAUAAGUGAGAACCAGAGUCGUUUUUUAAAUAUAUAAUAUGGUUACAUUUGAUUCUUGCCAAUAAACUUGCAGGACUAUUGGGGAAAACGUUACAAGCUAUGAAUAGUCUCUAGCACUUGUAAUGUUGAAACAUGGGUAUGGAUAUGUUCUGAAGCAUAAUACCAUAGACAUCUAUAUGAGGUUGUGAGGCUCCACUCUUUAUAAAGCAGGCAGUUACAAGUGCUUUCAAUCUGUGCUUAUCGUGUGGUGAUGGACAAGAGCUGGGGUAAGGUGUUACUGCAGGAGAAACACGUUUACUACACUCAAAAUACAAACUAGAAGUCUUGUAGUUCAGAUUGUAUAACACUUAGUGCACUGUAACUGCUGUUGUAAUGACAGGACAUUGCACUGCAUCGCUCGCCAAUCAGAAGUGAGAGGCGGCGACGUCGUGCGUAAACGCAAACGAAAGAAACUUCACUCCGCGUGGAGUCUGCUUUUACUCCAGACUUCACUCAAGGUAUUACGUUAGGGUUUCUAGAUUUAGCACCGCUGGGGUUUAAUAGCUGGGGGUGAAACUGCAAACGGCCGGUUCAAAUGCGUUUUGUAAGAGUGCCAGCGAUUUGGCGGCUGUGUUUUUUUUGCUUCUAUGGUUUUGGGUUAUUUUACGAAUUUUGUUUUUAACCCUUGCUUGCUAGGGCAGAGUCAAAAUAAAUCUUAACAAAUAUUUAAUUUCUUUUUGUCACAAUAACAUUUGCUGAUUAAUUUGUAGAUACGCGCACAGCACGUCGCUUUCAUAUAUGUUUUUGAAGACCUGUUAUAUUAGCUUUGAAUAUAAUUAUUGUACAGGUCUAUUUGGAGGAGGGGGGGGGUGUGGUGAGACAAUCAUUUACUGUAUAUUGUAUUUGAAAGUUUUUUAGAAUGAUCAGAUUGUUUUGUUGUUAAAUCCAUGUUGCGGAACCGUGUCUGUACACAGACAGUGCUCUAUUAAACAGGAUUGGUGAAGUCAAA